AUGGUACAUGGGCACAGCUUCCUUCACGUUGUUGCAAGUCUUCUCAUACUUGGGUUGUCUGGGGCAACAAAGAAGGAUACAGCAGUGAAAAACAAUUCUGGAGUCAAGCCUGCAGGCCAGUGUGGAACUUGGGUAAAAGAACCAGAAGGAGGGCUCUUUACUUCUCCCAAUUACCCAAACAAAUACCCCCCGGACACAGAGUGUGUUUACAUCCUUGAAGCCCCCCCAAGGCAAUGUAUUGAUCUACACUUUGAGGAGAACUAUUCGAUCGAGUCCUCUUGGGAAUGUAAAUUUGACAACAUCGAGGUUCGGGAUGGACCAUUUGGCUUCUCCCCAAUACUUGGACGGUAUUGUGGUCAGCACAGCCCGCCUGAUAUCAGGAGUAGCGGAAGAUAUCUGUGGAUAAAAUUUGUUACCGACGGUGAACUGGAAGCAGUGGGGUUUUCAGCAAGUUACAACUUCACUGCAGAUCCGGACUUUGCAGACUUGGGAGUACCCCCACCUCUGCCCUCAUGUCAGUAUGACAUGGGCGGUCCGGAGGGGAUCGUUGAGUCUCAUCAGAUCACCAGAGACGGGAAGGCCGGUGCUGCCGAGGCCGUCGACUGUAAAUGGUACAUCCGCGCUCCGCCGCGCUCCAAGAUAUACCUGCGCUUCCUUGACUAUGAGAUGGCCAAUUCCAAUGAGUGCAAGCGUAACUUCGUGGCAGUGUACGAUGGUGGCAGCUCAGUGGAGGACCUGAAGAGCAAGUUCUGCUCCACGGUGGCCAACGACAUCAUGCUGGUUUCCACGCUGGGCGUCAUCCGUAUGUGGGCUGACGAGGCCAGCCGCAAAAGCCGCUUCCGCAUCCUUUUCACAACCUACCAAGAACCUCCAUGCGAAGCAGAUGCCUUCUUCUGUCACAGUAACAUGUGCAUAAACAACACGCUGGUGUGUAACGGCAUGCAGAACUGUGUCUACCCCUGGGAUGAGAACCACUGUAAAGAGAAGAGGAAAGCCAACAUCCUGGACAACCUGAACAAUACAAAUGGAACCAUAAUCGGUGUCACCUGUUGCAUCGUCCUCCUCCUCCUCAUCGUCUCCGUCAUUGUCCAGAUCAAGCAGCCGCGUAAGAAGUACAUCCUGCGGCGUGAGGACUUUGACCCCACCAUGUUCCAAGAGGUGUUUGAGCCUCCCCACUACGAGCUGUGCACAUUACGGAGCGCCACCACAGCCGCGGCAGCCUCAGCAGACCUAGUUGACCUGGCGGAGGACUUUGAGAACUACCAUGCCUUGCGCCGUGCCUCCUCACGCUGCGUCCAUGAUCACCACUGCGGCUCGGCCUCCAACUCUGGCUCCGCUCACUUAUCCCAACUGUCGCUCAGUGGGCGCGGGAGCCGUGGAAACUUGAGCGCACGUGACGCAGCGGCCGCCGCUCUUCUCACAGACCUCCCCCCGCAGCAGCCCAUGGCGGUGCGGCCCCUGCUACCAGCCACCGGAAACCGAAGGAGCAUCUUGGUCAUGAAGCACAGCUACUCGCAAGAGGCAGCGGACAAUGGAUGUGACCUGGACGACGACCUGGAAGAAGUUCCCACCACCAGCCACCGGCUAUCACGCCACGAAAAGGCAGUACAGCGACUUCUUGAGAAUAGUGCAAUCCUGGAUCAAUACGAACGGGCAUCAAUGAAAUAUGAAAAUGCGGAGCGGAGAUAUACACCAGCAUGAUGCUGAUGAUGAUGAUGAUGAAGGGACACUGUGACGAGAGGAGAUUGAAAAUGUAUUCACGUGCAAACAUGAACACAAAGACCUAGAUGGAGAUACUGUAGCUGCAAUGCUGUGAAACCCAGAGAGUCUUGAAACUUGAAUAUCAGUAGGCUUUGUACUCUGCGUACUGUAGUCAUGCAAGAUUUUUUUAGUCUUAAUGGACAGGGGUGUUUAGAAUUAACAUGAUUACUGAACUUUCAAUUUGGGACAUUAGCCACAAACCAUUCAUUGUCACAGAUUCCUCAUUGAUAACAAAAUUAAAAAGAUCAAGCAUCUUCAAUUUAAUUUUUGAGCAUGCAUUUUUCAAAUUUGUAGCAUACAUACAUAUGAUUUCAGUAGCAAAUUAUAAAUGCUUGUCAAAUUUAUGAAGAUGAUGGUGUGUUUUAUUAAUGAUAAUUCGGAAAAUAAACUCAGUUAAUUACUAACCUCGUUCAAAUGAAAUACAUUUGGAAUAACCUAAAUUAUUUUAAUGACAAU